GACAGUCCAUGUUACCUAGUAUCCUUCCAUGAUUAAAAUCUAAUUCUUGUUAGCUAGCGCCGAUUUUGGGGAGUGGUUUAUUGUACUAAAAUGACUUGCUGAGCUAUAUAGUGUGCAAUAUUAUCACGAGUAAUAUGGCUAACGACGAGCUGCUACGAAUAUACCUUCUGUCAGCAUGUGCCUUCCUCUAUUUCUUUCGUUUUUCUAAUUUAUUAUACCGGCCUAUAUUCGUGAGUAAAGCACCCAGUCAUUUCUUAGAAAGUGGUACUGCUGCGUCUGUCGGUAAUUUCUACGCUUGGAAGUUCGUCCGUAGAUCAUGGAUUGAUAACAAACGACAAUAAGCAGCAUUGCUAUUUGUCAGCGGUUAACCCCCGAGUACAUUCGCUGCGUUGACCGUUCUGAGAGCAAGCAGACCAUGUCUAUAUCUUUCAAGUCAUACAUUAAUCGGAGCCGGCUCGAAGUUCACGAGGGUUGUUUCUAAUUGCUCCAUAUACGGACCUGUACAGACAACAUGACUAUGGUUUCCGACCACAUUUUACCGGUUUACAAGGAUCAGUAGCAGGCAGUGCAAGAUAUAUGUAGCGUUUGGAACAUCACGGCAGAUCAUGUUUCACCUACGCUGAUAAGGCUGGUAGCCCAUUCUAACAUUCCCUUUUGUACCCUAGACGUUCUACUAGUACUAGCACCUUGCAUGAUGUGGGUAUAUCUCCUGCAGCAAAAAGGAA